UGUGCCAUGACACGUGAGGGGUGUCCCUUUCGGUAUCUGCAAGCGGAGAUCUCAGCGAUUCCGUGCACGUAUAUAUACCGUGCAAAUACUUCGUUAGGGACCCGUCCAUUUGUGCUGAGGUGUGGCCCAUCCUACGACACCCUUCUCAUCUGAUAGCUAUACAGCGCUAGAGCUGAGCACCGAAUACACGAAACUAUGGAGUCGACAGUCCUGGCCUUUCGGCGGGCACUUAUCCAAAGCCCAUUACAAUCGGUGGUGAUCGGCAGUAUUGCCAUCUUUGCGCUGUACAUCGUUGUCAAUGAGGUCAUUCGCAGUCGCUCACGGAUUCCCGGCCUGGCAGGGCCAAAGGGAUGGCCGGUUAUUGGGAACCUGCCGGAUCUAUGGUCUAACGCGCCGGUGAAAUACCGAGAGUGGGCCAAGAUAUAUGGCGACGUAUACCAAGUUCAGCUCGGGAAUACCCGCGUGGUCAUCGUCAAUAGUGCUGCUGCCGCGAAGACAUUCCUAAUAACCAAUUCGCACGCCAUGAGUUCCCGGCCCGAACUUUACACAUACCAUAAGAUUGCUUCUACCACUGCUGGCUUCACCAUCGGAAGUUCGCCUUAUGACGACUCGCUGAGGAGAAAGAAGAAGGGUGUGGCGGUGGCCAUGAACCGCCCUUCCAUUCAGAAUUACAUCCCGUACCUGGAUCUCGAAACGAAAACCUUCGUCCAAAAUCUCCUCGACUACGGCCAAUCCGGGACAGUGGCUAUUGACCCGAUGCUCAUGGCCCAACGCCUGAGCCUGUCGCUGGUGAUGACUAUCAACUGGGGCGUCCGAAUACCAUCCCUAGAAGAUGACCUACUCAAGGAGAUUGUCAAGGUCGAAGUGGGACUCAACAAGACUCGGUCCACUGUCGGAAAUACCCAAGACCACAUCCCGUUCCUGCGGUUCAACCCUUUCAACCCAAAGUCGAUCGAGGCGCGGGAGUUGCGUGCUCGUCGGGAUGUGUAUCUCGCCAAGUUGGAUGCGGACCUCGAGAGGGAGGUGUCAGCUGGGACUAACAAGCCUUGCAUCCAAGCAAGCGUCAUCAAAUACAAAGAGGUGGAGCUGAAUGAGACAGAGCUCCAGGCCAUCAGCGUGUCCAUGCUGUCUGGCGGGUUCGAGACGAUUUCAACCACGGUACAGUGGUCUAUGGCUCUCCUUGCGCAGCAUCCAGAAAUCCAAGACAAGGCGUACGAUGAGAUAAAGAAGUUCCAGGGAUCCAAGGGAAUGUGGUGUGACGCUACCGACGACCAGAACUGCUCCUACAUCCUUGGGAUAGCGAAAGAGGCCCUUCGGUACUAUUCCGUUCUCCCGCUAGCAUUGCCCCGGAGGUCUAUGAAGGAUUUCGAAUACAAUGGCAUCCGGAUCCCAGCCGGCACCACGCUCUACUUGAAUGCGUGGGCCUGCAACCGCGACCCCGAGCAAUGGUCCGAUCCUGACGUAUUCCGUCCAGAGAGAUGGCAGGAAAAGCCGGAAGCUCUCCUGCUAACCUUUGGUCUGGGUUAUCGAAUGUGCCCGGCCCAUAUUUUGGCCACCCGGCAGCUCUAUAUCAUUCUCAUGAGGCUGUUGAGCAGUUUCCGCUUAGAGGCGCCUGGGAAAAUAGACUGCGACCCCAGAACAGAUAUCUCCCAUCCCAGGGACCUGGUCAUCUUUCCAAAGCCGUACCGUGUAUUUUUCAUUCCGAGGGAUGAAGGUUCACUGCGGACAGCUCUGGCGGCCUCUAACUGAAAGGGUUUUACCAAGACGCAGGUGGGCAUGCCUGCCGAUAGAUAUAAUAGCAUGGAGGGUAUUCAGAUUGUAUCUGCAGUUACGGGGUGAAGAGUAUAGUUUUCGAGAGACAACGUCUAUGAGGAUCAUCAUAUGUCAGAUUGAAAUUGUUUAGUUACGUGGCUCUGCCAAUGGUCACUGUACUCACCCUCAUUAUUCUCAAGCAGUUGGUUUAGUGGAAUACAAUCCUUGAAAUCUGAAGA